AACAUACUGCUACGCAGUACGGUGUUGCACGGCUCUUCGCCAUACAUGGGUACUUCAUCUCCAGCGGUCGUGGACGUGUUCCGGUGCAUCGAAUCAAUCGAGAAACGCCGGAGUGAGGUCGGCACCAAUGGGAGCGGCGGGAACAGUGCCAAGGAUGAGGGUAGGCGAGGCAAGCGCCGUUCGCAGGCAGCCGACAGGGCGCUGCGAGAGCGGUACUACGCCGUGCUGCAAAGAAAGGACAGGUCUUCGCUGUCGGAGAGGAUCAAAACCUUGCGAAGGAUGGUUCUAGCUCAAGGCCUUCCCGGCGAUGUUUUGGAACACUGCACAACCCCGACAUCGGGCAGCAGUGGCGCCGAACACCGGAACGGACCGGAGGCGACGACGACCGCCUCGGCAACAACAACAACAACGAGGGCAUCGUCGUCACUUAGAUCUUCUCCCUCCUCGGCACAACACCAGCGGCAGCAGCAGCAGCCCGGACGGAGGGGAGCGCGGGGCAGCAGCGGCGGCGGCGGCGGAGGGGGCAGCGCCACGAGCGGUGGCGGCGGCUGUGGCGGCUUCACGAGUGGGGGCAGCGGGACGAGCGGUACGGUGUCCGCCCCGACGGACCCGGGGGAGGAUCACCAAUGCUCCCUUCGCGGCCUGGUGUGGAAGGUCCUCCUAGGCACGAUCCACACGGACUCGAUGCUCUAUAUCCGGCUGGUGGCCAAGGGACCGUCCUCCGAGGACGUGAAGAUCAGGGAGGACACCUUCCGGACGUUCCCGCGGGACGAGGAGUUCCGAAGGAGGGUGCACGAGGACAAGCUCUCUCGCAUCAACAACGCCUACGUGAGGCUGAACCACCCGGACGGCGGGGCACCGGUCGCGGCGACGGCAGCGGCGGAUACUGUGAGGCGUGGGUCGGAGGGACAGGGGCGAGAGGGGAGCGGUAGCAAAGACAAGCACGGCGGCGAGGAACAGCCUCCAAAGUCGGAAGACGUGCCUCGAUGUUCAAACCCGGCGAUUGUGCAUAAGGACGGGGCCGGGGCGGAGGCGGGCGGGGCUGCUCCUGCGAGCGGGGGAGCGACCGGGGAAAGGGAGGAGCGAGUAGGGGACGGGGGGAAGGGGUUGUACGUGCAGGGGAUGAUGGUGCUGUGCGCGCCCCUGCUGUUUGUGAUGCCGGAAGUGGACGCGUUCUACUGCUUCAACUCUCUGUUGAAUCAGCACAUGCCCAGGUGA